AUGGCUCUUCCGCCGAAAUGGUAUCAAUUCUUAGUCGGCGUCUUUGCCUCUCUUGGCUCUUACCUCUUUGGCUACGACUUGGGUGUCAUCGCCGAGGUUGUCGCCAGCAACACGUUCAAAGACAAAUUUCACCCGAAUGACACCGAGUCUGGUCUUGUGGUAUCCAUGUUCACGACCGGAGCUUUCUUCGGUGCGAUGUUCGCCGGCCCGAGCGGUGACUAUCUUGGCCGCCGAUGGACUAUUGUCAUCGGCGCCAUCAUUUUCUGUCUUGGUGGAGGCCUCCAGACGGGCGCAGAAACCAUCGCCUACCUCUGGUCUGGAAGAUUUCUUGCCGGACUAGGCGUCGGCUUUCUGGUUAUGAUCAUACCGCUCUACCAGGCUGAAUUGGCCCACCCAAGCAUCAGAGGACGCAUUACGGCUUUGCAGCAGUUCAUGUUAGGUGUGGGUGCGCUGGUGGCCGCGUGGAUUUCUUGGGGAACCUAUGUCAACAUCAAGACCAACAGCGCGCAGUGGCGAGUCCCCCUUGGAUUGCAAAUUGUCCCUGCCGUAUUUUUGGCGGCCUUGAUUUUCCUUUUUCCAGAAUCGCCAAGGUGGCUUAUGGACCACGAUCGGCCCGAAAAGGCACUGGAAACGCUCGCGAAGCUACAUUCUCAUGGAAACACCCAAGAUCCCUGGGUGAUGGCGGAAUUCGAACAGAUUCAAGCAUCGAUCACUUACGAACAUCAACACGAAGCAAAGUCAUAUUUUGAGCUUUUCAAGUCACGAUCCGCCUUUCGAAGACUCUUCAUCUGCUGCGCACUCCAGGCUUCCGUGCAAAUGACAGGUGUCUCAGCCAUCCAGUAUUAUUCCGUCACCAUCUACGGCCAAAUCGGCAUCUCGGGCGACGACACCCUGAAAUACCAGGGGAUCAACAGCAUCAUCGCACUGAUCGCACAAUUCUGCACAAUCCUGUUCAUCGACCGAACCGGCCGACGCUGGCCGUUGAUUCUAGGCAAUCUCGGAAACAUGGUCACUUUCAUCAUUGCUACGAUCCUGCUGGCGACAUUCCCGCCUGGAACUUCGAACAAUCGCAGCGCUCAAUGGGGCUUCAUCAUCAUGACUUGGCUCUACAACUUUUCGUUCUCCUGCACUUGCGGCCCUCUCAGCUGGAUCAUCCCGUCCGAGGUCUUCGACACCCGGACCCGAAGCAAGGGCGUGUCCAUUGCGACCAUGACGAGUUUUGCAUUCAACACUAUGAUCGGUCAAGUAACACCCAUCGCAAUGACGAACAUCGGCUACAAAUUCUACUACCUCUUCAUUGUCUGUAACCUAACGAACGCACUGUUCUUCUGGCUGACCCUCCCUGAAACCGCGCGCCGACCCUUGGAAGAGAUGAACUACCUCUUCAACAACGCUCCCUGGAUCGUCAUCGGCACCAGCAAAGACAGCUACACAAGCCACGAUCUGGAAAACCGACUGAACGAGAUCACCGCCGAGGCGCAGGUCAAGCAGCAUGGAAGCACCACACAUGAGGAAAAGGUUGCGAGCUAA